AUGGCAGAUUCCAGAAGUCGUAAGCCUCGGCUCUGCCUCUUUGCCUUCCUGGCCAUCUCUUGGCAUGCUGCCUUCCUUCUCCCACUACGACAAUCAGACGUGAGAUGCCGCCCUGGCCAUUCUGCUAUGAAGGCCAGCUGGCUGGAGAUGUUGGAGGAAGCUGUAGGUGCUCCAACUCCCCAGCCAGCAAACCCAACUAUACCCACCAGCGUAAAGCCAUUGAGUGCUGAGCUGAUGACCCGGAAACUGACUGCAUUCGUCCUGGAAGAGAAAGGACUGGCCAUGUCUGGGGAAGACUUUGAUGUGAAAACCCCAGAGGGUGAGCUGGUUGUACGCAUUGGCGGUGGAAACCGCGUGCCCAUUCCAGGCAUGCCUGUCUGGGAUAAGUUGACCGUUUCCACAGCCAAUGGCCAGCAAGUUGGCACACUGGAGCGACAGGCUUUUGCAAUGACUGCCAGCUAUGACAUCCUGCGGCCGAACGGCAAAAAGUUUGGCAGAAUCAGCAAAGCAAUGUUUGCCUUGACGUCGACGUUUGAGCUUUACCAGGAGGAUGACAGCGAGGGCGGUGCGCUGCUCAGGGCGGAGGGCUCCUUCAGUGACAAGAGCUAUGUCAUGAAGUCCCGACAGGGGCAGGUGGUUGCUACUGUCACAAGACUCAAAGGCUUCACCGGGGGCAACAUCGACAACUACCAGGUCAUUGUCGGGGAGAACGUCGAUGCCAGCCUUGUGCUUUCCAUGGCUGUCGUCAUUGAUGAGAUACAUGACGAAGAAAAUCCUCAAGAGGCAGGGGCUGAAACUCUCCCUGACAUGCUUGAGGAUGCUCAAGGCUUGCCGAUGCCCAAAGCGGCAAGCCCCAUGAUUCCGACCGGCACACCACCGCUGGAUCCCGAGCUCGUGCAUGCAACCGCUACAGCCUAUGAGCUUGAAGAGAAGGGACUGUCCAUGUCUGGAGAGGACUUCGAAGUGAAAAGUCCUUUGGGGCAAGUUCUCCUUCGAAUUUCUGGCGGCAAUCGUCUACCGUUGGCGGGCAUGCCGGUCUGGGACAAGCUAACCAUCUCUACAGGAUCAGGAGGCGUUGUGGCCUCCCUGGAUCGCGAGAUGGUGGCGAUGACGCCUACUUAUGAUGUGAUGCGCCCGGACGGGUCAAGGUUUGGAAAAAUCGCAAAAGCCAUGUUCGGCUUCACUGAGACCUUUGAGUUUUUCUUGGAGGGCGAUGCCGGUGGACCAGUCUUGAAGGCCGAAGGAAGCUUCAGCGAAAGGUUCUUUCAGUUCAAAAGUCGAGAAGGCACUGUUGUGGCCACAGUUGGGCGUGGCUAUUACCAGACAGACAAUGAGAAUCGGUAUCACGUGGUCGUUGGCCCCCAGGUAGAUGCCACCCUUGUGGUGGCUAUGGCCUUUGCCAUUGAUGAGGUUCAUGACGAAGAGAAUGCAGGUGACAAGCCCGAGACUGAAGAGGGCGGCUGGCCAUUCCGAUAG